AUGAUCGUGCGACGAUGGCACUUACGUUCGCAUUUCGAGUAUGAAAUAGCGUUGCUUCCUCCAUUUGUGGUACGCAACUCGUUACCCUAUAAGAUGGAAUAUCGAUUUGUCGAGUACAAGUCGAGUUCAUCGAGGGACAUGAAGGCUGAAUUCACCAAGGUAGAUACGCUAUUACGGUGCGAAAGCACACCUAAACCAUCGGAUGGUGUAUUAAGCGGAGUAGCGAAAUCAGGUCACGAUGCCGAAGUAUCCGGUGUUUCUGGAGAGUAUCCUGGUUAUUUGUCGAUUCGUUUGGUUGCCCAAAAGCAAAACACAGACAAGCAUGUGACGUCUGCGUGGUCAAAACCGCUUCUGAUGAUGAUUCACAAAGGAGUCGAGCAGUUUACGACGUCGCGAGAAAGUGUAGAAGCCGGCGUUGGCCUCCACUUCAACAUUGACCGAAUCACACUUCCUGGCUGCCCUCGACUCGUACGCUUUUCAAGCCCUUACUGGAUCGUGGACAACACGUCGCUUGCAUUUGACUAUGCGUCUACUGAGUCUGGUGCAAAGCGAAACUCGUGCAAGGCCAUGCGUGUGUGUGCACCAUUCAGUUACCCUGUCAUGACGUCGCUGCCGCAUGAUCGUCUGAGCUUAAAACCGCUUGCAAACCUCAAUCGCCGCCCAAAGCCAUGGGAAGCGCUCGGUAAUAUGCCGGAUACAGUUUAA